AUGCAGACACUCCUGGGCCAGCUGCUCGUCUACUUGCUCGCCAGUGGCGAAGUCGUUGCCGUUCUAAUCGUCCUCUUUAAAGUCACGUUCCUGCUCUUUGCUGCUGGGUUCAACCCGCCUGCUGCUGCCAUCCUGGACCGUUGGCGAUAG